UUUUGAUAUUCACUGCCAGCGUUGAAAAUCUCUAGUUUACGUCACAUAUACUGUAGAUUUUUAGUAUUGGCAGUGAAUGUCGGAAUGCACCUAUAGAUAUAUAUUGCAAUGAGUCGAAAGGUUGGCAAGUUUGCGUGUUUGUAAGAGCGGGAAAUAUUGUUGAACAUCGGAAGAAAAACACAUGGUUAUCUGUUGAUUUUUGUUAGAUAUGAUAUUGAACUGUCACUUUAUGUCGUACGAGCAAGAUGAGCGCAAAACUUAACAGCUUGAUCAAUCAAAACCGAAAGCAACUACGCGAAUUCAUGCAGGAAACAUCUACCGAGGAGCUUACGAAAUUAAUAUCGAGCGAAAUUUGCGAUCCAGCCAUUUCCAAGAUAUUGGACGAGAUCUUGCAAGUGUGCUUAGAGUCGGAAAAAUUAUAUUCAAAGAGACUUAAAUUGGUAGAGUCUGCCUUGAAAGCUUUAGGCAAAGCCAAAGUUUCAAUUAGUUAUGCAAACGAUAUUGUAACUCGAAUAGUAGAAGACUUCCCUAAUUAUCCAAAAUUGCAUUUAAUUAAAUUAGUAGAUUUCUGUCUCGCUAGUAUUCGCAAUAAUGAUGACGAUUUUAGAAGCUGGAAAGAUCUAUUGCCUGUUCUGUUGGAAGUAUUGGAAGAAGAGAAAUAUAUCAAUUAUAUGAAUGGUGAAGUAUCUGGUUCUAAAUAUAAGUCUAUUAUCAUUAAUAAUAUAUGCAACAGUACAUGGAAUACAGAGAUAAUGCCUUCAUUGACAAAAAUGUUCAGAGAUAUAUGCUUACAAAAGGAGGAUCAUACUACAGUAAUUAGAGUACUCUGCACAAGAAUGCAGAAUAUACCUCUGGACGAGGUACCUCCUUUCGUGCAUCAAUCAUUAAGAUUAUGUACUAAUCAGGAUAGUAAACUGCUUUUGGAAGCCUUACGAAGAUAUUUCACAAUACGUUUUUCGCAAGCUAAUUCUGACAGCAUAGAUUCUUUUGAGACUAUAAAUAUAGUAAAUCCCAAAGAAGUCCAAGAUAUUGAAAGUACAGUAUUAUAUCACAUAUAUCAAGCGGUACAAUUGAAUCACCAGCUUAUAAGAGACUAUAUUAAGUAUUUCAAAAGUGUGACACAUGUUCCUGAAGCUGUGUUAAAACCUUUUAUGCUUUCUGUAUUACUCACAGUUGCUCCUAUUGAUGAAAAUCAGAUUUUUGAAAUGCUGCGAACAAUCAUUAACAAACGAAAGGAAACUGAUGAUAGACGGAAGGAUAGUGCAUGGUUGAGAAAGCUAAUUCCCGAUUCUUGUAGUAUUAUGACUAUAAUGACAAAUGUCAUCAACACAAGUGACAGGGAUCGCCAUUUAGUGCUGAAAGGGCUUGUGGACCUUGCAUUUGUUCUUAUGAGUGUGGAGAAUAAGUCAAAAACUGGUGUACAUCCUUUAUGGCAAGUUGGUAUAAAGAUACUUCAAAAGAUUAUGAGAAAACAUCAUGAAACAGUAGCGACUGUAUUCCAAAUGUUGCUCGAUAAGAUAAUCGCGAAUGGAUCAUGUAUUUCUCAAUAUACUGAUUGUUUAGCAUAUAUGUGCCAGAAGUUAACAGUUCUUAUGUUGGACCAUCAAGAUUCUCUGAUAACUUUUUUUGAUCAAAUCUCAUUUAUACCCGGGGAGGUUGCCAUUUUUAUCGUUUCUGCAAUCUUUUCAUUGAUAAAAGUUUCAGUCACCAUAAGAGAUCAUCUAAUAAUAACAUUGAGGAAGAUUCUCUACAGAAAGGGUACAGCAAAUCGACAAAUGGCAGUCAGCGGAAUUUUAGAAAUGUUGAAGAAUUUGAAGAUGCACUCUUUAAGCGGCCUCGCGAUGAGCUCGAGUCAGUACAUUAACAAUUCAUCCUCGACAGGCACAAGUUCUACAUCUAUUCUCACUCAGGUAACAUUAGAGAGAGGCACUCAAGUAACAAAAUCUUCUUACAAUAGAAGUUUGUAUUAUGACAUAUUGGGCAUUUUAAAAAGAUGUUUUACUCAUGAAUGUGAAGUUCGAUUACAUUUAUACAACGGUUUAUAUGAAGCCGUAUUGACAAAUACCGAGAUAGCGGAAUAUGUAUUGGAAAUAUUACUGCCGCAUUUUAAAAUGUUCUUUGAAACGGACGAGAAUGUUUUGGUUCCGGUUAAAUUAGAAUUGUGUACAGCUGUACAAGGAGAGGAAGUUACAUUGCAAGAACCUCUCGCGGAAUUAAUAUUUAUACUACAAAAGAUUUACAUCAAGUCGGCUCUAAUAAAAUCAAACCUUGUAGAUGAGCUGGCUGUGAUUUUGGAAUCCCUAUGUAGGCGGAUGUCGCAACUUAACACAGAAGAUUUAAACUUGGAUGAUAAGCUUGAUUUAAGUAAUUCUGGCACCAAGAAUCAAGAAAAAUUGCACAAUAUUUUAUCAACAAUUAAAAUUUAUGAAGCUCUCAUAUCAUUUAGGAUCGGUGCAUGGUCCGUAAACUGUACAGAUACUGCACAGAGUGUUAAAAGUUUAUUUAAAGGAUACAUGCGAGUAGUAGAAUGUACUAAAGUAAUAAAACGUGUAUCAAAAGCUAAAAAAGGAGAAGGCAAAAAUAAAAAGUCACAAAAUGACACAAAUAAUACGACCACAAAGAAAAUUGGACGAUUGAAAAACAUAAAGCUAUUAUCUAGCAUUUUAGAUCUGUCUUCAGUAUACAAAAGCCUAUCGCUCUUCUAUUUGAAAUCCAUUCCUUGGGCAACUGCGGAUCAAGUAGCUGUAUUGAUAGAGAAUGUUGACUUCUACUAUUACAUUUUGCGAACACUGCUGCAAAUCUUACAAAAUGUUAAACUCUUAACGGAAUAUAAUUUACGGAAACACAAAGAACAGUACAUGAAGACCUAUUUUGACAUUGGAAAAUUAUUGUAUGAUUACAUUGUAUUGGAUUUAAAAAAAAUGCUUGAUGAAGACGAACAAGGCACUAUAUUAGCACUGGAAUGUUUCAAAGAAUUAUGUUGCUUAACUUGCACAUACUUCAGUUCUGAAUUACCGCAAUUUCUCAAUGUUAUUAUUCCUAUUAGAUCAACUCAAUCGGAAAAUCUUAAUGCACAAUUGGAGAACAUGAUUGCUGCUUUAAGAACAAGUUUUUGGACAUUCUUUAGUGAAAAGGAAGAACAUGAGGAGAAUUCUAAAAAAAUACUUGGUAUAUUGUUAGACAUUAUAAAUCAAUUGACACAAGAGAUUAACUUUCAUGAAACAAAUGCUGAUGAAGUAUUUGUCUCGAUGAUGAAAUUUACACAAUUAGAAGAUAUGGAUCCUCAAGCUUCUUUAACGAUUUUCCAAAUUCUAUUAUAUAUAGAAGAACGUAAUAAAGAAUAUGGCGAAUUAUUAAUUGAUAUCUCUUUUGCAUUGUGUGAGAAAGUGGGUAAAAUCGAUCAGGCUGAACCAUCAGAAAAUAAUAAAUUGAAAAUUAUCCAUGAAAAUACAGCGGUACAGCUUUACAAUUUAGUAAACAGCUCCAUAAGAGAGAAGUUAGAUAAUGUAUCUUGGUUACUGAUGCGGCUUAAGGCCGAGCAAAAUAUAGCUUAUCCGCCUGGCGAGGAUCUCGAAGAAUAUCAAGAAAAGCUGAGAACACAAGAACGCAGUUUGUGUAGACAAUUGUCACAUAUUAUACAAAUACUUUAUACAUUAGCCAAUGUCGCUAUUAAACCAGGACCAUCCACAGAUUUUAUGUUCAAAAACUUGCAGAUUUUGUAUAACAUACUUAGCAGUCUUACAAAAUAUUUCUAUGGAAAGUCUAGUAAGCAAAACGCAGCGUUUCAAUCAGUCAAAUUUAUUCAAGUAAUUCAAUCAGCCGGGAAACCAUUAAAAUCUGCAUUUUAUAAUUUAAUAACACAUACUGAGGAAACUCAAAAUGCAUCAAAGUCAAAAGCUGAUUCACAUGUGCGAAGAAAUAAGAUUUUGAAAGAGACUAAGAUUAUACCUUGUGUGAUAUAUGAAAUUGAACAAUUUCACAAAGAAGUUUUAUCACUUGACAAAAAGACUGGUGUUCCACUUGAGACUUAUAUAAAGCAUAGUGUAACGCGAGAUUUUCGUAUAAAGAACACGCAAUUAACAGAAGCACUAGAGAAGAUGAACGUAAGCAUGCUGGAUACGCAAAAUUCUCGUCGUAGUCAGAAUGCAUCUAAUGCAGAUAUGAAUAAUGUGUCUAUGGAAUCGUCUACAGAAUUGCAAACUUCAAAACAAUCUAAAAUAAUUAAUGUAUCUAUGGAUGUAUCUAUGGAAGCUUCUACAAAAUCACCGCCUUCAAAACGAUCUAGAAGAUCAUAAAAAUCCUA